CCUGUCUUUCAUACACUUUACCAUCCACCGCUAAUUUGCCAAACUUCAAACUCUUUACCCACUUCGUCUUCUUCAGUUAUGGCUUCUGCCUCUGCGUUCCUUCUUUCUUUUCCUUUCACUCACUCACUCUACUUUCUCUCUCUAUAUCUCUACAUUUUACAAUGGGUCUUCUUAACUGCGGCGCCGAGGCCGCAAUUGCCACCUGCGAUUCCUACAACUUUAAGAAAACCUCUAAACAAUGUCAGCCAAACAGACCAUUUGAGAUCAGGGAGUAUUCAUACUCUGAUCUUCAAUCCGCCACCAAUGGUUUCUCCCAGGCCAACCUGCUCGGAAAGGGAAGCCAUGGAUUUGUCUACAGAGCUGAUCUUCUCCACGGGCGCAACAGUGUGAUCGCCGCCGUGAAGACCACGAAACAGAGCGAAACUAAAGUUGCGGCAGCUGGUUCCACGGCGGAGAACGAGAUUGAGCUCCUAUCGCGGGUCUACCACCCGCGGCUGGUCAAUUUGAUCGGAUACGGAUUGCAUUUGAACCGGAAGAAGUUAUUAGUGGUGGAGUUUAUGCCGAACGGGUCACUGUACGAGCUCCUCCACUGCUCGAACCGGCCGCCCGGAUUGAAUCGGCGAGUCCGGUUCGCGUUGCAGGUUGCGAAGGCGGUUCGGUUUUGCCACUCGUCGAACCCGCCGAUCAUCCACCGGGACAUAAAGUCGUCGAAUGUGUUGAUUGACGAAAAAUUCAACGCCCGGCUCGGGGAUUUCGGAUUGGCAUUGAGAGGACUCGCGGAGGAUGUGGCGGCGAUGCGCACGCCACCGGCGGGGACAUUGGGGUACCUCGACCCGGGCUAUCUCGCGCCGGGGGAUCUCAGCCCGAAGUCCGACGUGUUCAGCUUCGGAAUCCUCUUGCUGGAAAUCAUCAGCGGCCGUUACGCCAUCGACAUGAACUACAGCCCGCCGUCCGUCGUUGACUGGGCCGUCCCGCUGGUGAAAUCCGGCGAUUACGCCGGAAUCUUGGAUCCAAGAAUCGAAAUACCCGAGGACGAGGCGGUGAUCCGUCAGCUCUCAAUCGUCGCCGCCAGUUGCGUCAGAAAGUCCGCGAGCAAGCGGCCGGCGAUGGCGGAAGUGGUGAAUUGCCUGAAAUCAAUCUACAAGCACGUGAGAUCUCCGGUAUGGAGCACGAUGCGACGGCGCGUGGUUUGCAUACUAGACACAACACGCGUGGCGGCGAGAUACGAGCCGUUAGAUGACAGCGUGGAGGCGGUCAGGAUAUCAAGAGCGCGGAGAUUAUCCACUACGACGAGCGUAGAGUCAGUAAGCAAGAACAGCGCGAUUGGUGGGGAAAACGGACGCCACGUGGCGAAGGCGAAAUCCAUCGGAUCGUUCGCGGAGAUUGGAUAUGAGCUGUUGGAUAAGAACGCGGGAUCGGGUGCGAAGAAGCCCACAGUGAGGUUGAGCAAGUCACGGUCAAUGGGAAUGUUGACCAGUGGUUCGGGCCCGAAAUUAAUGAACAAGAGUAGUAGUAGUAAUGUGGUAACGGUGCAACUGGUGAGGAACCGAAAUGUCAGUGAAUGGGAGGAAUCAGAAUUGCGGGUAGGCCAGAUCAGAGUGGCCCAAAGGGAAUCCCUGCUAAAUAUGGGCCCUUCAAAGCAAUAACGGGUCCUCCACGUGUGAUGCAGACGGUGUGAUUGGAGCGAGUCUUGGGUUUCUGGAUCAACCCGACGGUCCAUGUCGGCCGUGCAUGGAUAGGGACAGGAGAGGAUCCGACACGGCGGAUGCCCGAGUCCAAUUCAUUUAAAUCUUUCUUGCUUGGUUUGUUGUAGACAGGCAGUUAUUACAACUAUUCCGUAUAAUUUAUAUGCAGUAUUUAUUUUAAUCAUACCUCAUUUUAAAUACACCUCUCAAGUUUUUUUUGAUCAUUAUACACCUCUCAAGUUAAAUUUUAUUCUUUCC